AUCAUGCUCGACGCAGAAGAGCGCCAGAUUGGCAUUGGACUAGCGAAGCAGACCUUCGACGAAGAAUUCGGUGCCCUUCUAGCCACCCAGUCUCUGAGGUGCACCCCCACCAUGUUCGGCCACUGGAUCGACGAGCAGAAGCUUGUCCAUGAGUAUUCUGGCGGGUAUCUUCACAACAUUGCCAUGGAAAAGAUGCCUGGGAUUCCCGCACACGAAUAUCGCGACCUGGGGAGGGAUGAACAGGAACUCAUCAAGGCGGCACUCAUUUCCAUGCUCGGUAGGUUAUUUUUCGGUUAUCCAGAUCGCACUUUGUGCCAUAAUACAGCAAUGCCAGGACCUUUCCCUAAUUAUGAAUACUUAUAAUCAUGUUAUAGGAAAAUUCACGGACAUAUGUGGAUGGGCGAUCGAUGAAGGAUUCCCUGAUAAGGUGAUUUAUGAUCGACGGACAAAGACAGUGUACGUGGAUGAUGCUACACUAUCACAAAUUUAUCCUUGGUGCAGCUGACUGAUAUAUGCACGUGUAGAUCGCUAGUCUUUCUGGCACACAGCGAAAAGCUAGACCCCGGCGACACCGAAGACCUAUUUACGACGAGAGGUCCAUUCGUGGGUUUGGCCAGAAUAUUUGGUGGGUGUGAGAUCCUCCAGCCAGGGUAUCUCGAGGCGGGUCGGGGGUCUACUGAUAGGAUGAUGGUUACUUUUG